AUGAUUCAACCUGCCAAACCAGAUAAUUCAUAUUUUGGGGGUGUUACACCCCCCAUACCCCCCCCCCUCAAGUUUCACCCCUGGUUAUACCAUAAAUAGUUCUCUCAGUUUUUGACAUUUGUAAACAGGAAGUAGAAUGGUUUUGUGCACAUGGGGGUGUGUUGAAGGUGUGUGAUAGCUAUUUCUUGGAAGCAGCAUAGAAAUACAUGGAAUUGAAACAAAUGUAGCUGAAGCGUUAGUUUUUGUAACUGCUGAGUUAUUUCAAUAAAUGAAUGAAAUUAAUAAAAAGUUAUCUCUUGAACAUCAUUUGUAUGUAGGGUAUUUGAGGAUAUAAUAAUUGGAUGUAUUUCUAAUGCAUUUCACCCAAGGAUAUGUGGAUUUCAAAGUGAUUUGGUUGAAUUCCAAACUAAAUUUACAAGCAUGGUAUCCAAUAGGUAUGUAUGCUACAGGACAACUAAAACUUAUGACAGUUUAAUGCAUUCUAUUUUCCUGUAACAAUGUAUACUCAGAUGCUCUCCCCUAUAUUUCCUACUAUCCAUAGUCCCUAGUGACCUAAUCCUUACUAGGGUAUAAACGCUGGACUAGUAAAGAACACCAGGUUAAGUACAAUAUCUUACAUGUAGAUACGUUCAAGCUUAGGCAACAUAAUUGUAGAUUAUAUUGUAUUCCAAUUGCAAUGAGGUUUUGCUCCCUUUUUCAAGAUGGUGUUGCAGACUGUUGCCUAACCUUGAACUCAUCUAUUACUCACCAAUUGCACACAUGCCAAUUUGAACCGACAAGGUUUCCAAAGAUCUUAUAGCAAGAUGCAUUGUGCCAGGAUAAUAAUUCUCCAUGUCGCAGAUGGUUAGGUUUUCUCGCCCUUGGUUGCCUAGGUUGUUUCUUGCAAAUUCUGAUCUUGUGAUGGGAGUUUUUGUUUGUUGCCAUUUCUGCUCCAUGUCCCUUGAGUCUUUGUGUGACCAAACUGGACUAGUGGAGAUGACCAACAUGUUACCCAACAGGCUGAUAUGCUCUGGAGCAUCUGGAAUUGGAAAGGUGGAUCUGGAGGAACUGUUACCUGUGUCAACUCGACGCUGCUUGCCAUCUGCACAGCUUCUAUAAAAUACUUGAAUAGGACUUUCGCAACUGGGAAGAUGGAUUUUGUUUAACUCACCAUACUCUUGGUACAAUGCUCCAAAGCAUUUCCUAAUUGUAUCAUAAUCAUCCGGGCCAAGAUAAACACCAGUAGUAAUAACAAAUCUGUUUAGGUUGCGGCACUCAACGACUUUGAGACGUGAGGUGGUGAUCCCAGUGAAAUACCUUGACCACUUUAGCCAUGGUGCCAAAUCAGUAAACUGGUAGACUAGUAUUUUGUUUUGAGGUGCAAUUGCCGAUAUUUGGACAGCUGGUCUUGACAGUAGAUACUCCAGGUACUUAGAAACAUCAACUUUCGCAACUACAACGGCAUCAUGGACUUCAAACUGCAAACCUAUCAAUUCUGUUAGUUCCUUCUUCUUUUUCCUAAGGUUUUCCACAACCAGAUCCUUUGGUGGUAUUACAUUUACCCCAAGAACUGAUGAAAGGUAUUUUCCCCAAGUGUUUCGCAGAACAUCUUGCAGUUGUUUUUGACCAAGGCAGAAUGAGCCAACAAUCCCUGAUGCAAAUUCAACAAAGUUCUCCUUGUAUUUGUCCAGCACAAGUGGCAUUAAUACUUCCCUAAAAACCUUUCCAUUCUGAGCUUCAAGUAAGGCCUUGCACAAUAAAUUCUUGUUGUCUACCACAAAGUUUAGCAUAUUCCUAGGAGUGGGAAUUUCUGACGUGUUAAGAGUAACGCUUUCUGCAACUAGUAGUUUCAUUUCAGGGUAGGUAUUGUUCAACGACUCUCUUAGGGCAACAAAAUCUCGAACAAGUCUCGUCGUGUCCACAGAACCCGACCUACUUGACGACGAAGCCUUUGCCAACAUGAACUCCCAAGGACUUGUUUGUUCAACAACAGGCUGAAGAAAGUGCUCUUUAAUUUCCUUCUCACUCAAACAACCAAUAAAAGCUUUAACUCUUGCUGAACGGGUAACUUCACUGAUAUUUUCCUGUAGCAAUACAUCACCAACAAGCUCCUUUGCACUGAGUUUCUUCUUGUUUUCUAUGUUUUCCGGCUUACAUUCUUUAUUUACUCGAUAAUGCCGCAACAAAUUAUUAUACGAAUUAUAUUCUUUAUUACACUCUGAAUUUUCACAGCGAAAACUGCUUGAAGAGGACUUCAUUUUACAAGGUUUUCGCUACUUUUCGCACACAAAAAACUCGGGGUUUGUUGAGUGAGAAAAAGCCCGCCAAAACUGAGAACCUUCGAUCUCGCCACGUUAUAAAUAUACGUGAAGUAAAACAUACAAGCCCAUAUUUUAGAUUCAAAAAACAAUUUUAGACAAGGCAGACACAUACAAAUUAACUUCAUGUAAAACUUUAUUGAAAUAACUUAAAUUUACUGAAAUCAACAUCAUAUAAACUAAAAAUUUAUCGCAAUUUAACUCGCCUGCAUGAGCAUGUUCAUGUCCACGGUAUUAAGUUCGAGCAAAACCAUUGCCCUAAAAUCAUAGUUUUUUUAAUCAAGUUCGUUCUGUUUUCAUCCAGGCUAACCAUGAUCGCAGAUACUCCUUGCUUUUUGUUUCUGAGGAUCAUUCUCCAAAAAAAUCGCGCAAGAUCGACCAAAAUAUCUCUCAUUUAUGUCUUCAUCAGCUGCGUUUUUGUCUCGCGGAGAAAAUAUUUUUCUUUACAGUACGCUCGCGUGGCAUGCUGGUAUGGAUUUCUAUUUGCAGUGGAAAUCAUGCUUUGCGCGCUUGGGGCGAGAUCACCUGGUACCUUUACUGCAUUUUUUCUUUGGUUUUUCUUCAGUCUCAGUAUGUUAGUCACCGAAAAAAGUUCUUUAAAGUUUAGGUUUAUCGGCUAAAUCAUGUCCGCCAUAUUUGUUAUUGUUAUUGCAACGUAAGCAGUUUAGCAGGUGAGUUCGGGCGAAAAGCAGGUGAGCUCGGCAAAAAGCAGGUGAGCUUGACGACAAGCUCACCUGCUCUAAACCAAUCAGAAAGCCGCUUUUAACACAGGUAUGGGAUAAUGUCGUUUACCUAAAAUGAUUCUGAAUAGUGAAAGGGUCUUGUAAGUGGAAAUUAUCAAUGUGGAAUACCAUGAUUAAACUAAACCAAACUAAACUAAACACCAACAGGUAAUCGUAAACAACCACAAGAAACGAAAUCCAAGACUGAAGCAAAAGAUUCGCCGACGAUUGAAACCAAAUCCGAGCAGGAGAUCCCUUCACCUGUGCCCGCUGUCGAAGUUUCUUCAGAAGCAGCGGUUGUCGCUGUCGAUGGCGUUGACACCGCGCCGGAAUCGAGAUCCAGUACCGGAAGUGAUAAAGUCCCGGAAAUAAAAGUGGUAGAACCUUCACCCAUACUGAAGACGAAAUCGAACCAGGAUGAAGGGGAAAGUGAAGAGGUGGAAACACAAAAUGAAAGGACGGAAGAGAAAGUGGUAGAAACGGACGAUAAGGAAGAAGGGGGCAAACAAACAGGUAAUAAUUAUGUUUUUGUUGUGAUUUAUUUUGUUUUGCUUGGUGCUGUGUUUUUGUUUAUUCACUUUAUUUAUACGGGAUACAGUAGAGGUCCAGCAAGGAUCAUCUCUUAUUGAUCCAGUGUUACCACAGAAGGAAACCUGAGCUAACUUUAUUAAAUUAUUUAUUCUGGAUAGCUCUGUUCGUUCCAAACUGGUCUCCCUAGAUGUCCAAUAAGGGUCAUUCCUUAUUGGUCCUGUGUUACUGUACUACAGGAGGAGAUCUAUAAACUAAAUUAACUUUAUUUAUACAUGUAGUAGAUAACUCUGUCAGUUCAAACUGUUUUCUUUUGAGACCCAGUAAGGGUCGUCUCUUAUUGAUCCAGUGUUACUACAGGCGGAAACCUAAACUAAACUAACUUUUAUUUAUACUGGAUAGCUUUAUCAGUUCUAAACUGUUCUCCCUAGGGGCCCAGUAAGGGACCCAGUGUUACUACAGGAGGAAACCUAAACUAACUUUGCUUAUACUGGAUAGCUCUAUCUGUUCCAAACUGUUCUCCCACGAGGUCCAGUAAGGACCAUCCCUUAUUGAUCCAGUGUUACUACAGACUGUGACACCAACACAAGUGAUUCAUAUACUCCAAGAGUCCAAGUACAAAUAAGUUGUCAAGCCUAAUGUUUAAUUCAUUUAUUUGUCUUUACUGUUGUGUUCACUAAAUGCACUUGCAAUUGUAUUGUUGUAGAACCAGUCAGUACUGAUAAUCCUCCCGACGAGAUGAUUGUGAUUUCAAAUCCACUUGCCGGAGGGGAAGUCAAGUAAGUUUCCUAUUCAAAGUGAACAAGCUUUAUUUAUACUUGAUAACUCUAUCAGUGCCCAGUUACUGUCUAGAAUUCCAGUAAGAGCAACAAUUAUUGAUUCUCUUCUGAUGUAACACCAGUUGGCAUAGUCUUAGUCAGCCUGCCGUUCAUCUGUUUUAUUGAUGGCCAUCACAAUUUGUAGAUCAUGAUAAAUCAUUUACAUGAUUUUUGGACAUUUUGUACGUACUAUUUAAAACACAAGCAGGAGUGCUUUAUCAGAUAUAAAACACGAGGCACCAGCCGAGUGUCUUAUCAGAUAAAGCACGGACUGCGAGUGUUUUAAAUGGCUUAAAAAACGACCCAUCUUAUGAGUUCAUUGGCGAUCAACGUUGUCUAAGCCUCGAAAAUCAAAGCUGAAGUUUAUGUAAAUUAAUAUGAUUUUUAUCACAUAUUAGCGAGCUUAGUCAAGCAAGUGAUUGUCACCCGAAAAUUGGUACAACUAAUUUUGGCGAUAUUUUGCAUCAUAGCCCUCGUGCAAGGAAGCAAAAAAUUUGAAAUCUUAUGCUUUGUCAUAUGUGUUGAAGAUUCCCACUUCUGUGUUGACAAAAACGUUAUUAUUGUCGAUUUCAAGUCACUUUUCAACGUGCGGUUCCCAAGUUCGUUGCGAACUGGCCAAUUACGUUUCCAAGUUCGGAAAUUGGGCGCGAACUUCGCAACAAAGUUCGCAAGUUUAUUUCAAUGUUUGAACUUCGUUUGUAAACAAAUGUUCACACUCAAUAAUAAUAAUAAUAAUCAAUUCAAUGAAAUACAAACCUUCUUGGUAGCCCACUGGACCAAGAACUUUCUAUUGAAUUGUUAAUUUCAACUUGAACUAUGAACAUUUCUUUCAAACACUGAAAUAGUUUCAAACACUGAAAUGUACUUCCGAACUUUGUUGCGAAGUUCACGCCCAAUUUUUGAACUUGGGAACGUCAUUGGCAAGUUUGCAACGAACUUGGGUACCGCGCGUUGAAAAGUGACUUGAAAUCGACAAUAAACGACCGACAGGGUAGUGAUUUCGUUUGCCUCAUGAAUUAUUAAUGAGUUUUUAAAUUUAAUUUAAGCUUUUCGCCAUGUCUAAUCUCUGAUCCGCGUUCACCUAACUCACCUCCUACUUACGAAAUGAAUCUGUGUAAUAUUCGUUGAUGUCGACUAAUGUUACUGUUAGUAUAUAUAAUAUAAAUUUACUAACAUAUAAAAUACAUGUAAUAUCGUACUUGUACCAUAAUAUCAAUUUAUAACAUAUGACCUAUAAUGUAUAUAUAAGAAAUGUUUUAAUUUAUAAUAUAAUAUACAGUAGAAUGAAUUAAAAGUAAUCUAAAUUACGUGUAUAAAUAAUAUAUUCUUGAUAAAAUUAACAUAUAAAAUUAACUAUGAUGCCAAACUAAUUUGUUGUGUUAUCUUUUUGGUGUAUACAUACUUAUGAAUUUAUAUUCGUGUUUUUCUAAUUUGAUAACAAUUUAACAAUUAUUCGCCGAAGGCGAGGUGAUUAUCGGGGAAUAUUCGCCGAGACGAAGUCGAGGUGAAUAUUCUCCGAUAAUCACCGAGCCUGAGGCGAAUAAUUGUUUUAGUAUUUUUACACAAGUCUUUUGUGUUAUUUGGUACUGAAUUUAUUUUAAUUUCGCUUGUUUCUUUAUCAGUAUAAAACUUCCACAAAACGGCUAGCCGCCAUUUUGAAAAUUUCAGUUUUGUUAUAUUCACCUGUAGGUAAAUAUAACAGCUUAAUACGUCAACUUUGACCAAUCAACGUGUAGGAUUUAUUAUGUUCACUUGUGCAAAAAUACUAAAGUGUGGUUAUUCUAAAAAGGACUUUCUGCAUGGUCAAAUAUAACCACAUUCCUGGUUAGAUUAACCGCAGUAUGGUAGGCGCGAGAUCAUAAAAUAACCAAGAUAUUUAACCAGAAAAUAAUAGUUAAUCCAGUUAAAAGUUAUUUCUAGGUUAACCUGGUAAUUUAACCAGAGUGGGUUUUUUUAGUGUUUAAAGUUAAAAUCUAAUGCUCACUUCAGACAUGUUCCCAGUCAAUUCUUAAUAUCAUUAAUAACUCCAUUUGCUCUCCUAACUUGAUAACCAUUCCUACUCCUUAUAAUUUUAAUCCUAAGCCUAUAACCAUAGUCCUAACACCAAUGUUACCUGGCCGUAAUGCUAAUGUUUAUACUAACGUAAAAAUGUGCAAUUAAGUUAUUGUGACAAAGGUCAUGCCCGGAUUCUGAGGGGAGGUGCCAACUUCCCCUGAAAUCGUGUUGCACCUCUCCUGAGAUUUAUUUCAUCUUCCCUUAAAAGUCAUCCACCUCCCCUGAUAGAUCAAUAUGAAAAUUUUACAAAUUUUCGUGUGCCAAGGCUGGUUACACUAUCACAGUAAGAACUUCGCAUAGGUAAAUUCUAAGUUUUGAAGAAUUUGUAUGAAAUGUUUGAAGGAACUGACUCUGUGUUAAGUCUGUUCCCUCAAACAUUCUUACAUAUCCUUCAAUACGUAGAAUUUUCGUAUGCAAAAUACCUAUCACAGAAACUUUGAUAUACAAUCGAACCCCUAUUAAGCGGACACCUUCGGGACCUCGCCUAAGUGUCCGCCUAAAAGGGGUGUCCGCUUAAAAGGGGUAUGUAGAAAAACACAGCAGGAGGGAAAGGUGUGUAAUUAGGUGUGUAAUUUGAGUAUCAUCAUGGCUGGCGGCUCACAGUCCUCCGUCCUCAUUCGUCACUUCCUCAAUAAUCUUGGCUCUGAUGUCUUCGCGCCAAGUUGGUGUGUCACUGUUAAUGUGCCAUGUAAAUUGAUCUCAAUUGUUAUUUACUGUCGAAUAUUGAAUACAUUUUAUCAGACCAUCUGUCCGCUUAAGAGAGGUUGAUUUGCCCAUUGGGGCCUCCAGAAAGGUGUCCGCGUCCGUUAAAGAGGGGUGUCCGCUUAAUAGGGGUUAUGAUAAUAGUUUUUUAUUAAAGAAACCAAAUGGGACCUGAGAUAUGUGUCCGCUUAAAAGAGUUGUCCGCUUAAGAGAGGUGUCCGCUUAUAGGGGUUCGACUGUAGUGUAAACCAGCCUUUACUUAAGGUCUAUACACUUUGUAAAGAACGUUUUUCUGUAAAAUUGAAACAGUGAUAAUCUCUGUGUCAAGUACCCUUUUACUACAAUCUUUUACAAUAUAUUGUACAUUGGGCCAAUGUAGCUUUCACUGACAUUCAGAUUGUUAUCAUACCAUUCCUUGAUAUAUUCCUUUCUUGAUGUUGUCAUCUGGUCAACAGACAUUUUUUGUGGGGAUAAGAUAUGAAAUUUCAGCAUUCUUGGGUUUCAUUUGACAUCACAUCCACUGAAGUGGGGGUCAAGGUGUUUGUCAAGGGUAAAGGACGGCAUUUAUAUUGGGGUUUUUUACUACUUGGCUUUUAUGAUAGUCGGAGAAUUCAUUGACACAGAGUCAUUGACAUAAGAUGCGUUGACCGCCAUUUUGUUGUUUCAGUUGACCUCAGUUCAAUGGUUGACCCCCACUUGUGUCAAAUUAUGUGAUAUUGAAGUAUUAUUUAUUGACGUGAUUUACUCAACAAAGGCCUGGAGUCAAAAUGACUGAAACUGGAGAACUGUCCGACCAAAUUUGAAAAAACAAAUCCUUUGUUUAUAUUUUGAACUGCUAUAUUUGUAAAAUAAGACAUACUAACUGAGUAUCUAACACUUUUUUGUUUCGCUAUUGUAAAUGAAUAUAAAGUAGAGUACGUUUCAAUUCAAAAAAGUUCGAAAGAUGCAAAAUUUGGACAAUGUUUAUAUCUGUGGGUUCCCCUUUGUUAUGAGCAGAACUGAUGCGCAGAACGGACUUGACACGGUCUUUAACCACUGGUGCUUUUUAACAAGUUAGCAUUUCAAGGGGCUGUUCAUAUGAGCCAGGCUAGCCGCGAUGAAUCGUGUCUCAAAAAUUUUUUUCCUGACCAUAAAAGAUCGUUUGAAUGAACUUUAUACUGUUACUGGAAUCAAAUUAAGCUAAUUCAACUUUGAAAUGCCAUUUUGGAUGCUUAUCAAACCCAGAUUAACCGGUACAAAACAUUUUAUUAUCCAUGAUCACAAGGAUGUAUGCUUUAUAAAAAACUCCGCAAACCCACUAUCCUUUGAUACCCUCUCAUGUUUUAGAUCUUAUACCUCUCAAUCCAUUACUACCACUACCCAUACCACACAAUCCUCAUCAGACACUCCAGCAGAUGAGACAGUGGGCAACUCAUCGACAGUGAUCAGUUCUACUCAAGUGGUGACCAUAACCACUGAAACUGUUCAAAGUUCUGAAGGAGACGAUGAUAUCGAUAUUGGUUUGGUUUAGUUGUGCUUUGGUAGUGAGUUCGUCAACUCUUAGAGGUA